UUCCGGCAGCUGGAUCAGACAUCGAUGAAGAAUGGAUAGCCGUGGAUACAAAGCGGGGUAUGGAAACUCCUCAAGCUACUCCAGCUGGGACACUGGAACCAGUAACAGAGGGUCUGCAGGGGGCUACGAUUCCUACGACUAUGGCUAUGGGCAGAAGGACUCCUCUGGGUCGGGCAGCUAUGGUGGUUACGGGAUGCAGUCGAAGAGCUGGGAGCUCCCGAAGCAGAGCGGCCUCGGCUCCUCCCUCUCCAGCACCGGCACCAACGCGGACGCAGUGAUUGCCAAGAUCAACCAGCGGCUCGACAUGCUGUCGCAGCUAGAGGGCGACAGCGGGACGAUGGGAGGAGGGGGCGGUCGGCAGGGAGACAGGUUUGACCAAUACGAGUCCUACGACUCUCGGUCCGCCUCACUGAACCACCGUGAUCUCUACAGAUCUGCAUACGGUUACAGUGAAGGGGGACUGGACCCACAGCGCCAACAUCGGGGCGGCAGCUCCUACGCGGCUGGGCGCUUCAGUAACCCCGCCCCCUCCUCCUCCUUCUCCUCUGCCAUGCCCUCCUACGGAUCGGGCCACGCCCACAGCCAAAGACCCCGGGACAACUUCGGCCAGGGCUGGCCCGGCCGUUCUCAACGCGGCCUGGGAGGAGCUGCCGGCAGGGGGUUUGGAGACAGGUGGAGCGAGCCCCGAACGGGAGCCCGGGGCAGUGGCAGCAGUCGUGGCCCUUCCCCAGGGGGCAGGCCCCCCUCGCUUUUCUCCCACGACAUGCACCCCGAGAUGGGUGCGUUCCAAAAGGGUUCCCCUGGGGACAGGCGCUUCGGAGGCGCUGCAGGGUUUGGGGCCGACAGACAGCGUGUGAGGAAGAGGGUGCCCACCAGAACAAAGGUGCAGAAGGGCGGCAAAAAUAAGAGGAAGCAGCCACAGAACAGCGGGGAUGCACCAGAGAGCAAAGUAGCAAAAAAGGAACAGCUGGAAUUCAAUUUGGGAAAUGAGAAGGAGACUGAGGAAGCACAAGCAGACAUUGAGGAAGCCAAGCCUAAAGCUGAAGGUGAAGGUACAGCGGAUGGGGAAGAUGCUCUCACAAUGCAGGAGGAGAUCAACCAGAUCAAACUCAAGCUGCAGGCCAGCAAGCAGACCCAGGAGAAGCAGAAGAGGCGGCAACGCAGCCGGCUUAUCGAGAGGGUGCAGUAUGCCUGCUCGGUGUGCAAGUUCCGUUCCUACUACGAUGACGACAUGAAGAGUCACCUGGAGAGCAAGUUUCACAAGGACCACUUCAAGUUCCUCGCCACCAAGCUGUCCAGCCCCACAGCCGCCUUCCUGCAGCAAUACCUGUUAAACAAAAGCAAGCGGACAGAGGAGAGGCGUGGCCACAUUGACAACAUCAGCGCCGCUAUCACCCAGAUCUACAAGGAACAGGACCUCACUCGGGAUAUCGGUAUGGAGCACUUUGUGCGGAAGGUGGAGGCUGCUCAUUGCGCUGCCUGUGACCUGUUCAUCCCCAUGCAGCCCGGACUGAUCCAGAAGCACCUGAAAUCCCAUGAGCACAACAUUAACCGCAAGGGUAUGAUGGAACAGUCCAAGAGGGCUAGCAUGUCUGUUGCCCGGAGCAUCCUGAACCACAAAGUCAUCUGCAAGAAGCUGGACCAGUACCUGAAGGGAGAGAACCCCUUUGUAUACGACCCAAACAGUAAAGAGGAUCAAGAAGAGGAAGGAGGGGAGAAUGUGGAGGGAGGGGAUCUGAAUGACAGUCUAGGGGAGGGGGAACAGGAGAAUGUGGAGAGAGGGGAUCUGAAUGACAGUCUGGGGGAGGGGGAACAGGAGAAUGCAGAGGGAGGGGAUGUAAAUGAGUCUCUGGUGGAGGGGGAACAGGAGAAUGCAGAGGGAGGGGAUAUGAAUGAUUGUCUGGUGGAGGGGGAACAGAAGAAUGGGAAUGGGGAAAAAGAGGUUAAGGAGGAGGAGCAGCGGCAGGGAGAGGGGGCUACUGCUGAGGAGAAAGGGGGGGACCCCCAAACUGCAGAGAUGCAGGAGGAAGAGAUGGGAAUGGAGCUGGGUGAAGAAGAGGGGAUCCCUGUUGAUGAAGGUGGUGACGCCAACAAAACUGCUGAAGGCAUUGAGGAACCUGCUGCAGAAUAGCUGCUUUUAAUUUUGUUCAUUUCUCCGCCUUUCAUCAAUAGCCUGUAUUUGUUUUAAGUUAAUGUGGAGAUUAUCGCUGACAAAUUCUAAAUGAUUUGUUUAGGACCAGCCACCACUUCAAGAAAAUUAAAGGUCCCAGCACUAACAAAACCUGUUCUUGUAGAUACACGGAUUAAGGAGACUGGGGGUGGUCUUGACUAACAGGAUUGGAGUGUAUUCAUUGCUGUAUUGUGAGGUUGAGGAAAUCUCCCCACUGCAUCAUCUACCAAAUGAUCAACAUAUGCUCCACUUAAAGCCAGUGGUAGUCUUCACACAGUACCUACAGUGAUGCCCCUUUACGUAGGAUAUCUUUUUGUUAGUGCUGCACAAACCGAUUAUUCGGAUCAAGCUUUCCUCGGCUGAGGGUCUUUGUCGGUUGGGCUAGCUUACCAAUUCCAACUGAAACAAGUGAUGAAACAGCUGCUUGGGUUUGUGUGGAUAUCUGUUCUCAACAGUGUCACCUAAGAAACGCAGUAACACCCAAGCAGCUGUUUCUUCAGUCAUUUCACUUGUUUUUUUUUGUUUUUUUUUUUAAAUGAGGCAGUGAGUUGUAUUUAUCUGUACAUUCAGUCAGUAUCUCUGAUGGUGGGUUCUCUUCUAAUUUUGUUUCUGUAUAGUCAGUGUUGGGUCACUUUUUUUUCCCUGAAGGAGCUGUUCUGUUUAUUGUAAAACUGCAGAGCGGUUUGGACUUUGAGACAGAAUGUAAAGAUGUUAGGAGAUAACUUUUUAUAACUUGAAGAAGCAGGCCACCGUGCAAUAAGUAAAAUGCAAAUGGUUUGUUAACAAUGUUAAUUCUUCACCAGUGUUCUGUUCUUAAACUGGUGGCUGGUGGAUGCAUUUUCUAUGACAUUGUACAGAUAGUUCCUCUGUUCUGUCUGUAUGGUGGUAGGUUUGAAUGCUGUCUCUGUAUAAUGUGUUUUCAAAGGCUUCCAUUAAACAGUUUGGUUUUUUUUA